CAUCAAUCUAAAACUUACAUAUAAGAUAUGUUACCCGAAAUGUAAAUCACAGCAAAUUGUAAGCAAGGGUAACGAUGUCGGGUUACUUGCUUUUCUUUUUCGCCGCUUUGACUUUGAGUUCGGUAGUUGUUGCGGAAGUGGCCAGGUUUGGCAAUUGUGCGUCAAAUAAAGAUAAAUGCACCGUGCACGAGGUCCGGAUAAACCCAUGCAAGGAGGCCUCAACAAACAAACCAUGUAAAGUUAGAAGAGGACGCCCUGGAUCCCUCGAGAUUGAUUACACCCCACAUUUUGAUUCGCAAAAUUUGACUGCUAACGGCGUGUGUAUGGGGCAGCUAUUUCCUAAUAUGGAAACCGAUGCGUGCUUAACGACAACGUGUCCGGUUACCGCUGGUAACAGACAGACGUACACAUUUAAUAUCUUCGUUGACAGAAAAUUUCCAAGUGGAAUCUUUGACGUAGAUUGGUCGUUGAUUGGAGCAACAGAGGAAGACCAAUGUUGUAUUUCCGUGAAAAUAUUCUUGAAAUAGUGGUAGAUUAUUAAAAUAGCGUCGCAAUUUAAUAAAUACAAACAAUGUAAAUACGUGGAAAAUACGUUUGUAUCACAACGUCCGUGUCACCAGACUAGAAGACAAGCAGACAAAAUCUACUGAACGAUAAAUUAUUUGUUUAUUACUAAUAAAUAUUGCCAAAUGUAUAA